AUGCCGGACAACCAAAUAUUCAAGGCCACCUAUAGUGGGAUCCCUGUCUACGAAAUGAUGUGCAAAGGAGUUGCCGUCAUGCGCAGGCGUGCAGACUCUUGGCUCAAUGCAACCCAGAUUCUCAAGGUCGCCGGCUUCGACAAGCCACAACGAACACGUAUACUGGAAAGAGAAGUACAGAAAGGGGAACACGAGAAGGUACAAGGAGGUUAUGGGAAGUACCAAGGCACCUGGAUACCCCUGGACAAAGGUCUUGCGCUUUCUCGCCAGUAUGGGUGCGAACCAGUUCUCCGUCCCAUCAUCGAUUUCCAGCCAGAAGCGAAGAGUCCCCCUCUCGCACCGAAACACCUCGUCUCCGCGCAGUCCUCCAAGGCUAACAUUCGCCGUGGUGGUGAGCCUACGGGCGACUCAGCCAUCAACACCCGGUCCUCAAAACGUGCCGGACAGGAUGCCCCUGCUUCUGAUGUUGAGACCCUUUCUGUGCGCGGGUCUGAAGAUGGCACAAUGACACCUUCUCCUUCCGAAGCGUCUUCAAGUUCUCGCACACCAUCGCCCAUUCGAAGUAGCCCGGGACCUUCAGCCUCUGCCUCGAAUGCCAUAGAUGAUGACGAACGGUCACCUUCCCCGGCGCCCACUUCCCGCAAACGGAAACAUCGACACGUAGACGAAGAAGAGGGCUCUGAUGGCGACCAUUUCGGUGCAAAUGGAGUUGACCACGCCGCCUAUGGAGACCAGAUUCUUGAAUACUUCAUAUCCGAUUCCAACCAGAUACCCGAAAUCCUCAUCAAUCCUCCUCCUGACUUCGACCCGAAUAUGGCCAUCGACGACGACGGUCAUACGGCACUACACUGGGCCAGCGCCAUGGGUCGCAUACGCGUGGUGAAGCUAUUGCUGUCUGCCAACGCCGAUAUCUACAAGGUCAACAAGGCCGGCCAGACCGCCCUCAUGCGUAGUGUCAUGUUCGCGAACAACUACGACGUCCGCAAAUUCCCCGAGCUAUACGAAUUGCUCCAUAGGUCCACGCUCAACAUCGACAACAGUAAUCGCACCGUAUUCCACCACAUCGUCGACGUCGCCAUGUCGAAGAGCAAGACUCACGCCGCUCGUUACUACAUGGAGACCGUUCUGCAGCGAUUAGCGGACUACCCUCGAGAACUUGCAGACAUCAUCAACUUUCAAGAUGAAGAUGGGGAGACCGCUCUCACCAUGGCCGCACGAUGUCGAAGUAAACGACUGGUCAAGUUGCUGCUGGACCAUGGCGCCGACCCCAAGAUUGCGAAUCGUGACGGAAAGACGACCGAGGACUAUAUCCUGGAGGACGAACGAUUCCGAUCCUCGCCCGUUCUCCCCCCACGUCAGCUGUCAUCCCGCAGCGCCGACGGCUCUCUCGCCUACCCCCCUUCCACGUACACCCUUCUCACCCAAGGCGACCGCCCCUCCAUCCACUACUCCGUUACGGGCCAGAAGACCGCGACGCGCUGCGUGGGUGACAUCACGAUCAUGCUCGACAGCCUUGCCUCCGCAUUCGACCAGGAGCUCAAAGAGAAGGACCGCGAUCUCACCCAGGCUAGCGCGCUCCUGAACAACAUCCAGUCCGAGAUCCUCGAGUCGCAGCGGACAGUCGGCCAUCUCAAGGCGCAGGCUCAAGGCCUGCCGGGGAGCCAACAGGCCGUAACGCAGUUGGAAGACGAGCUCCGCAGGAAGAUGGGGAAGCGCUUCCGGCUCGGGUGGGAGAAGUGGGUCAAGGACGAGGAGGAUCGAGAACGCACGAUCCGAGACGCAUCGGGAGGCCAGCUCGUCUCCGCCACGGGCGAGCCCGUUUCUGACCUCCUGGCGAUCCACUCGGACGUCCCCUCGGAUCCAGAGGAGCUGCGGCGGGAGUGCGAGAAGCUUAGGGAAGAGCUCGCGGGACACCGGGCGCGGCGGAAGGACAAGUUCGAGAACUUGGUGAAGUUCCAGGCAGAGACGGGCACUGGUGGGAGGAUGGCCGAGUAUCGGCGACUCAUCAGCGCAGGGUGUGGAGGCAUCCCCCCAGAGGAGGUGGAUGGCGUCGUGGGGAUGCUUUUGGAGACGUUGGAAGCGGAGGAGCCGAGUUCAUCAACCGCCUGGAAUGGUUCCAUAAUGGCGCGUGCCGGGCAUUCGACAAGCUAA